UUCUUUGUGCAGUUUUGACGGCAAUGUGUUUGCAAACCCCCCCACCACUUUUGUUUCUUUCUGGACUUUUAUUUUGAUGGUCGAUUUCGCGCGCAACCAUAUUGGAGUAGUGUAGCCGCGUUAACGCUGUUCUUCACACACUUUCGGCAUGGCUGCGGACAGUACAAUGUCUGAUGGUCAGGAAACGGCCUCUCUGAACGGUGAACCCGCGCUCAAGCGCUCCAGAGACAGCGUGGACUCUCUGCGGAUCCUGCGGGAGCCCCAGAAUAAAGUGACCGUCGUGUUGGGAGCUCAGUGGGGCGAUGAGGGGAAGGGGAAAGUGGUCGACCUCUUGGCAAUGGACGCCGACAUUGUGUGCAGAUGCCAGGGAGGAAAUAACGCGGGACACACAGUGGUGGUGGACUCGGUGGAGUAUGACUUUCACUUGCUACCUAGCGGCGUUCUCAACAAAAAGGCCAUUUCUUUUGUUGGAAAUGGUGUUGUGAUACACCUGCCAGGACUUUUUGAGGAGGCUGAGAAGAACUCACGGAAAGGCAAUGUGUAA